CUUGCUUAGAGUCUGCAGCCCGCCGUCGGUCGAAGUUCCCGGCGCGCUUCCUUGAGAACGGACGUACCGCUGUGCUCUUUAAUGUCGACUAACAACCACUGUAUACACCGUGAAGCAUGUGCCUCUUAUGAUAACGUUGACAAUUUAGAAAGGGCCGAGUUGAGUGUGUGGACAAAGUGAAUUUAGCUAGUGACUUGUACACAGUGGUUGUUAGUGCUAGUUGAGAGCCAGCGAGUACGUGUCUCCUCUGCUGCCGUCCUCCUGCUGAGCGCCGAUACCGUCACUGCAGCAGCCAUGACCGAUACGGGCAGGACAGAUUCAUACCGGCACGCUACGGAGAGAAGAGUCCCCGAUGACAACCGGACCGUGAAAGGGGAACCCAAGUCAAAAAAGAAAAUCUUCAAGCUAAAGCCGAAGAAGGGACAAAAGGAUUUGGAGAAACUAAAGCAGGAGUUGGAACUUGAUGAGCACAAGAUCCCAAUUGAGGAACUCUACCAGCGACUAAAUGUUAAUCCUGACAGGGGCCUGACACAGGCAGAGGCUCGACGGCGAACUGAAAGAGAUGGUCCAAAUACCCUGACUCCCCUUCAUCAGACUCCUAAAUGGGUUAGGUUUUGCAAGAAUCUCUUUGGUGGCUUUGCGUUCCUCCUGUGGAUGGGCGCCAUCCUCUGCUUCAUUGCUGCCUCUAUUGAGGCGGCUACAGUUGAAGAACCCAACAAUGAUAAUUUAUACCUAGGAGUAGCGCUGUUGGGCGUAGUCAUUAUUACUGGCAUCUUCUCCUACUACCAGGAGGCAAAGUCUUCGGCUAUCAUGGAGUCAUUUAAGAAAAUGGUCCCACAGUUCGCUAUUGUGAUUCGUGACGGUGAGAAGCAGCACUUGCAUGCUGAGGAACUGUGCAUAGGAGACAUCAUAGAGGUGAAAUUCGGUGAUCGCGUCCCUGCCGACUUUCGUGUCACGGAAGGAAGAGGAUUUAAGGUGGACAACUCCUCACUAACUGGAGAAUCUGAACCACAAAGUCGUUCAUCUGAAUUUACAUCAGACAACCCGCUGGAGACAAAGAACCUUGCUUUCUUCUCCACCAAUGCCGUCGAAGGUACUGCCAGAGGAAUUGUGAUCAGCAUCGGGGACAACACGGUUAUGGGUCGCAUUGCUGGACUGGCGUCUGGUCUGGAAUCUGGAGAGACGCCCAUUGCCAAAGAGAUCAACCAUUUCAUCCACAUCAUCACUAGUGUAGCGGUGUUCCUAGGUGUUGGCUUCUGUCUGAUUGCCUUCAUGAUGGGCUACCACUGGUUAGACGCUAUAGUGUUCCUCAUUGGUAUCAUCGUAGCCAAUGUACCUGAAGGUCUGCUUGCCACUGUCACUGUCUGUCUCACACUCACGGCCAAGAGAAUGGCGGCCAAGAACUGUCUUGUCAACAACUUGGAAGCUGUUGAAACUUUAGGGUCCACCUCCACCAUCUGCUCGGAUAAGACAGGUACCCUGACUCAGAACCGCAUGACAGUGGCCCACAUGUGGUUUGAUAACACAAUCAUUCAAGCUGAUACAUCUGAACUCCAAUCUGCCUGUCAAUAUGACAAGUCAUCUCAAGGAUGGAAGGCACUAUCCAGAAUUGCUGCACUCUGCAACCGAGCAGAGUUUAAAACUGGACAAGAUUCUAUCCCUAUCAUGAAACGCGAAGUCCAUGGCGAUGCUUCAGAAGCUGCUCUGCUUAAAUGUGUUGAACUUUCUGUUGGAGAUGUAACUGGCUGGCGAGCACGAAACAAAAAGGUAUGCGAAGUUCCAUUCAAUUCCACAAAUAAAUACCAAUUAUCCGUACAUGAAAACGAGGAUAAAAGUGACCCCCGCUACCUCCUUGUCAUGAAGGGAGCCCCCGAGAGGAUCCUGGAACGCUGCUCGACCAUCAGUAUUAAUGGUGAAGAUAGGGUUCUAGAUGAAGAGCUAAAGGAGUCCUUCAACAAUGCCUACUUGGAACUAGGGGGUCUUGGAGAGCGUGUACUUGGUUUCUGUGACUAUAUGUUGCCUGCUGAUAAGUACCCUCUUGGAUAUCCCUUUGAUUCAGAGUCUAUAAACUUCCCUGUACAUGGCCUUCGUUUUGUAGGAUUAAUGUCUAUGAUUGAUCCUCCUCGAGCUGCUGUACCCGAUGCUGUAGCGAAGUGCCGAUCAGCUGGAAUAAAGGUAAUCAUGGUUACAGGUGAUCACCCAAUCACUGCCAAGGCAAUUGCAAAAGGUGUGGGCAUAAUUUCUGAGGGUAGUGAAACUGUUGAAGAUAUUGCUCAGAGACUGAACAUCCCUAUUAAGGAAGUUAACACCCAUGAAGCAAAGGCAGCUGUUGUCCAUGGCUCCGAACUGAGAGAAAUGACUUCUGAGGAGUUAGAUGAAGUUCUCAUUCAUUACAAUGAGAUUGUGUUCGCCCGUACUUCACCUCAACAGAAACUGAUCAUUGUUGAAGGUUGUCAGCGCAUGGGAGCCAUUGUUGCCGUGACUGGUGAUGGUGUUAAUGACUCUCCUGCUCUCAAGAAGGCUGACAUUGGUGUUGCUAUGGGCAUCUCUGGAUCGGACGUGUCCAAACAGGCUGCUGAUAUGAUCUUGUUAGAUGACAAUUUUGCUUCCAUUGUCACGGGUGUUGAGGAGGGCAGACUCAUUUUUGACAACCUCAAGAAGUCAAUCGCCUAUACUUUGACCUCCAAGAUUCCUGAGAUGUCUCCAUUCUUGUUCUACAUAAUAGCCAAUGCGCCCCUUCCCUUGGGAACUGUUACCAUCCUCUGCAUCGAUCUGGGAACAGAUAUGGUGCCAGCAAUUUCCCUUGCCUACGAAGAAGCUGAAUCUGAUAUCAUGAAGCGUCAGCCCCGCAAUCCCUUCACCGACAAGCUGGUGAACGAGAGGCUCAUCUCCAUGGCCUAUGGUCAGAUUGGUAUGAUCCAGGCCGUGGCAGGAUUCUAUGUCUACUUUGUCAUCAUGACUGAAAAUGGCUUCCUUCCACCUAAACUCUUCGGUAUCCGUGCAAAAUGGGACUCGAAGGCUAUCAAUGAUUUGGAAGAUCAUUAUGGCCAGGAAUGGACCUACACUGACCGCAAAAUUCUAGAGUACACAUGUCACACAGCUUUCUUUGUGUCAAUUGUGAUUGUGCAGUGGGCAGAUCUCAUCAUCUGCAAGACCCGACGUAACUCGCUUUUUCACCAGGGAAUGACGAACAUGGUGCUUAACUUUGGUUUGUGCUUCGAAACUGCCCUGGCUGCUGCUCUCUCAUACACCCCAGGAAUGGACAAGGGUCUCCGUAUGUACCCCCUAAAGUUCUACUGGUGGCUGCCAGCUCUUCCCUUCUCGCUACUCAUCUUCGUUUAUGACGAGUGUAGACGUUUCCUCUUGCGCAGAAACCCUGGAGGCUGGCUGGAAUACGAGACAUAUUAUUAACGUUUAUGGAGCACAAGAAUUAGAGCUAGUGGCAAUCACCACCACCACCAGCAUGCAUAACUGUUGCCAAUACUAGUUUCUAUGGUGCCUGAUAAAGAAAAAAUUGGUAUCUUGACCUUCAAGAACUUGCUUGAAGGUCAGGCUGAGAAUAUUUAGUAAAGAAGUUGGCUGUAAUGUGAUCCUCUAACACUUCUAUCAUGCCGAUGAUUUAAAUUAAUGUCAGUUUUAAAGUUUAAAUAGGUAAAUGCAAAAAAUGUCAUAUCCCGGAUGACUUUUCUAAUCUUUUAAUUUGUUAUACAUUUUAGCGCAAGAUAGUCAUUGCUACAGAAUUACUGUAGUGUAAACCAUAAUUUGACUGUAAACCCCAAUCUUCAUGAAAUUCUUAAUUGAUACUUAAUAAUUAUCCGUAUUUGUAGUAAUUACAGCUGUACUGCUCGGACCUUGUUCCACGUUUGUUGGGUUUAAUACUUGUUAUUUUAAGUUCAUAUAUUAACAUUUUCUGCAUGUGCUGUAAAAUAGGAGACAAUAAAUUUUAACAUACA